AUGAAGUGCCCUAAGUGUCUCGACUUGGGGAUUAAAACAUCUUUCUUCUGUUCACAAGAAUGCUUCAGACAGUUUUGGAAAAUACAUAAGGCAGUACACGAUGUGGAUACCGAUACUUACAAAGAUGAACGUUUCAUCGGAUAUAAAUUUACGGGUCAAUUACGACCUGCUAAGAAAACACCUAAACGAGAAAUAAGGGGUUCUAUUGAAUUUCCAGACUACGCCAUCACAGGGAUUCCUGUCUCAGAACGUCAAGCGAAGAAUUCCCACGAGAUUGCCGUUUUGGAUGACGAUGAAAUUGAAUGUAUGCGUGUCUCAGGAAAGCUUGCCCGUGAAGUUUUAGAAGAAGCAGUAAACGCAGUUGAGAUUGGUGUAACGACAGAUGAAAUCGAUCGAGUUGCACAUGAGGCGUGCAUUGAACGUGAAUGUUAUCCUUCUCCACUGAACUAUUUCAAUUUUCCGAAGUCAUGUUGCACAUCAGUUAAUGAGGUAAUUUGUCACGGGAUACCGGAUAUGCGACGUUUACGAAAUGGAGAUAUUUUGAACAUUGAUAUUACCACAUACCACAAUGGAUUUCAUGGUGAUGUUAAUGAGACAGUGUUUGUCGGUCAGCCUGAUGAUCGUUCAAUUAAUCUAGUGAAAAAUGCUUACAAAUGUUUAGUUAGAUCUAUGGAUGCUGUUCAUCCAGGUAUUAAAUAUCGUGAAAUGGGAGAGAUAAUUUCAAAAAAUGCUUCACUUGGUGGAUUUUCUGUGGUCAAAACUUAUUCAGGUCAUGGAAUACAUCGAUUAUUUCACUGUCCUCCAAAUAUUCUUCACUAUUCACGUAACAAGGCAGUAGGUGUCAUGAAACCAGGACAUUGUUUUACUAUUGAACCAAUGAUAAAUGAAGGUAAUUGGCGUGAUGAAUUAUGGCCAGAUAAUUGGACUGCAGUUACUGUGGAUGGUUUAAGAUCAGCUCAAUUUGAACAUACAAUGGUUAUUUUACCACCACAAUUAGCCAAAUCCAAUGGGAUGCCAAUUGAAGUAUUGACUAAACGUCAUAUCACUGGUGUGGAUCCAUUAAACGGAUGUAAAUUUAAUGAAGAAGAUGCUUUACAUUUUGAACGUUAUGGUAGACCGUAUUUUGUUGAUCAAUUGUACAAAUUAGAUUUGAAUACUGAUUGUACAGUGUUUAAAGAUGUCACUGGAAAUUAG